AUGGGUUUUUUCAAAGAUCUCACCUUUGCAGCUGCUUGUCUGUCAUUGACGGUGGCAGCGUCACCUUUACAAGAACGAACCACAGACGGCAUCGACUACAACAACUACAUAAUCCGAGGCGUCAAUCUAGGUGGAUGGUUCGUUCUGGAGCCAUGGAUAACUCCUUCUAUCUUCGAACCGUAUGCGAAUGGCGGUGGAGUCAUUGACGAAUACACACUCUCAGCAAGUCUGGGGAAGAGCGCAACCCAAACCUUGUUGGAUCAACAUUGGGGCAGCUGGAUCACAGAAGACGACUUUGCGCAGAUUGCUGCUGCUGGCUUGAAUACAGUCCGAAUCCCAAUUGGCUACUGGGCUCUUGCUCCGCAAGACGGUGACCCAUACGUACAGGGACAGUUACCGUACCUCGCGACUGCCCUUGGGUGGGCGAGAAACCAUGGCCUGAAGGUUUUACUCGAUUUGCACGGAGCACCUGGAUCUCAAAACGGCUUCGACAACAGCGGGCGCCUUGGCCCAAUCCAGUGGCAAGCGGGCAAUACUGUACAGACAACGUUGACUGCUAUCCACAACCUUGUUGACUGGGCCGUGAGUAACAACUUCAUGGAUAUUGUGACCUCGAUCGAACUUCUCAAUGAGCCUGCAGGUUUCAGUCCAAACAUCAAGAUGGACGUAACCAAACAGUUCUAUUAUGAUGGGUAUGGAUAUAUCCACGACAAGACACCCAAUACUGUUACCGUCAUCCACGACGCGUUCAAAGAUAUCGGUGGAUACUGGAACGGUUUCAUGAACAGUGCAACAGGAGUUGGCAACGUCAUGCUCGACACCCACAUCUAUCAAGUCUUCACUCCGGGCGAACUUUCCAGGACGCCCUGCGAGCACGUGGCGAACGCAUGUUCGAACAAGGGCAAAUUGGCUGGCACAGACAAAUGGGCCAUAGUCGGCGAGUGGACAGGGGCACAAACAGACUGCGCGAAGUGGUUGAAUGGUCUCGGAACCGGAGCUCGAUAUGACGGUACUUUCACCGGGACUGGAGGGAGCUAUUACAUUGGAGACUGCGUUGGAAAGGACGUUGGCACUGUAGCUACCAUGAAGCAGGUCGAUAAGACAAACUUACAAUACUUCGUCGAGGCGCAGUUGGAUGCUUACGAGGCUCAUAUAGGGUGGAUCUUCUGGUGCUGGAAGACGGAGAGCGCACCGGAGUGGAACUUCAAAGAUCUGCUGGCGAAUAAGUUGAUUCCACAGCCCAUUACAUCUAGGAAGUUCGCACCUCAGUGUGAUGGGGCGGCUUGCAUGGUUCCGAGCUAG